AUUUGACCACAUCAUAAGAUAAAAAAAUUUCUUUUAAGUUAAAAGUUUGUUUUCUAUUACUCAAAGGUCAGAAGAUGGAGAUUCGGACGCCUGAGAUCAUGUCGUAUCCAUCAAGGUUACUCAUAGAUUAAUUUUUACCUAACAAUUCAUAAGAUUAAUUAUAAUUUAAAUUUUAUCGAAACUUAUUUAGUUUUCAUUUUAAAUUCAAUAAAACUAUCCAAAUUUAUGUAAAAUCAUUCUGUUUUCUAUAAAUUAUAUAUUACUUGAAAUUUUCUAAAAGUUUAACGAUAACUAAUACUAAGUGAAAUAAAAGAACAACUUAUACUUUAAUUUUUUUAAGAAUAUAAGAAAGUAUUUGUAGUUUGUUUUUUUUUUUGAGGAAAUGAAAGUACUUGUAGUUGCAUGCUUUAAGCUGGGUAUAUGCUUGUGGACUUACUAAGAUCACACGGAGAAGAGGGAGCCAUUUUCUCCAGAAAACUACAGGAUCCGCGCAAAGGUGCAUUGGGGCGUGUAAUGGCGGAACCACCACCAAAUCUCAUGGUGAAAGCGAGAGACGUUCUUGCGACUCCAAGCCACCAAGGUUUAGAGAGCGUUGUCAGCCAUCUCUUCUUUACGCGUCAAGAAACCACCGAAUAUCAAACGGCGAAUGCUCUCUUCAACUUCCUCACCCUUUACUUCGCCAACUGCUUAACCCUAAAGCUUCUACACAUGUACCGAUCAUCUUCCAUCGGCGUCCACAGAUCUCACUUGAUCAAUCUCCUCUUCGAAACCCUACACGAGUACAAGAACCGCAGGUUCGAACUAUCUCUCGUCGCUCUCAACGAGAUCAAACCACUUGUGAUCUCUUGCUUGAGGAUGCAAGAACCCGAGAUCAUAAACCUCAGGCGGAUCGUGUCUUUCAUCGCUCACGAUGUUAUGAUACUCGACAACGGCGGAUGGGACGAGCUCAGCGAAUGUAUCUACGAGAUAUCGUGUCACGAUCCUCUAAAGGCUUUGCACGUCUUCGCGGACUUGCCUCCAGUGUACGAGAGGUUCAUACACAAUUGCGGAGGGAUGGUUGUUGAGAAGGCAGAGAAGGUGCUGCUUGUUCCUUACCAAGAUCAAGUUGAUGAUUGGAGUUUAGGUUUACAAGCUGUUGUGAAACUUGGGAUUCAAGUCUUGGAUUCUGAAAUGAAAGUCGAUAUGGUGAAGCGUCUUCUUACUCUUCUUGUCAAGGCAGCGAAUGAUCUUGUGGCGAAGGGUAUGGAACAGUUUCUGGUACGAGGGCUUGCGGAUCUCGAGAGGUUCUUGGAACGAGAGAAGAGCUUGUAUAAUUACAAUAAGGAUCAAUGCGAAUUUGUGUCUUGUUUCUUGUCCAAGAUCAGAGACUUGGGACCACUAACCAAGGAGGCUACGGAGAGGAUCCAUCGUAUGGUUAUCUCUAGCCCAUCAAAAGUUCAUGGAGCAUGUUCUGAAGGUGAAUGGUUUGAUCGUUUGAACAACUUACCGCCUCUUGAGAUUUUAAGAAUCUUUGCGUCUACUGAUGUUGAAGAGAGGUUCAGAGAUAUGGCAAUCAGACGGCUCAACGUGUUACUCUCUGACUACAUUUCAAGGGAAGAAGUGUCAACAGACGCUUCAUUGUUGAGAGAACUUCAGCCACUGCUCAUCUCUUGCCUUUGGGAAAAAGAAGGAAUCUCUGAGAGCAUGUUCAGAGUCCUUGGUGAGGUUGUCUACCACGUUGCGUUUGAGAUGAUGACCUCCCAUGUUGAGUUAUGGGAUGAUCUCGGCUACUAUAUUACAUCACACAUCGAAACAGAUUUUCAGAGAGCGGUUUAUGUCUUCCAGUGCUUAACAAUGUGGCUUCAUGAGGAAUUUAUUGAUCCUAUAGUGGAGCAUCUGCUCCCAGAGAUAAACAAAAGGCUAAACCCACCGAGUGAUGUUUUGGUAGAUAACAGUUGCUGGGUCUUGGCGUUUUUGGGUGCCUUCUGUGCCAUCAGUCAAUUGGUAGCGAUGAAAGAUUAUGCUGAAACUGUGAUGGAGAUGGCUGAUAAGAUGGUAGAUUCAGUGAGAGAGCUUGUGGAAAGAAAAUUGGAAGUUGGGUUUGUGAGGAGAGCUUUCAGAGAUUUUGAAAUCAUUGUGAAGAAGCAAAUGGAAUGGUAUCGUAUGAACGAAUACAAGUUGACCAAGUCUCUGCUUCAUAGACUCUACGUAAUCAAAGGCAUGACAAUGGACAGCAAGAUGGUGUUGUGGAGAAUCAACGUGUUUGUGGAAAGAGGAAUGGCUGAUCAUGUGGCCGCUUAAGGGUUGUAUAAUCUGAUGGUUAGUCUAAUAUUUUGUAUAUACGUUAGUGCCAAUCAUUCUUUCAUAUAGUUAGAGAUGAUUCUCUUUAGUGUUUCCUCUUUGGUUAUGUCUCGAGUUGAACAAUCAUUCUUUCAUUCAAUAAAAAACUUAUCUCUUGAGGGUU